AGUUGAUGGAUCGGAUAUAGAUGGCGCAGUUCCACCCAUUCCAAAGGAAACUAUGGAAGUUUUUCUUUAUAAUUCGACUGUUUGUAGAUUAUGUGGUGAAGAAAAUGAUAACGGCACCGUGUUAUAUGUACUUGAAGAUAAUAAUACAAGCUUGAGUGAAAUUGUUAACACGUAUUUACCGAUAAAGGUGUCCGAUGAUGGUCAACUACCACGUACAAUUUGUCCUGGAUGCACUAUACAGCUGGAAGCCACCGUAGAAUUCUUGAAUCUGAUUAUAAAAGGACAGAAAACACUUCGAGAACUGCAUCAAAGAGAGAUUGAAUAUAAGAAAUCAACUCUCAAGUCUACAGAAGAAGUUAUAACUGAGGAUAUUGUGUAUGAAGUAAACACAACAGAUGGGGUCUACCAAGAUGAUCACAUAGUAGCUCUUCAAGUGGCUGGCCUGGAGAAGCCAAAGCGUAAACGUGGCCGUCCACCGAAAAAGCAGAAAACACCUGAAGAAUUGAUCCAAGAAGCUGCAGCAAGAGAAGAGCAACUGAAAGCUAAGAAGCGAAAUGAAAAGGAGGAGGAACUUAAUGGUAAAAGAAGGAGAAAGACCCCCACUCGUUUUAAGGAAGUUGUGCAGGGUAAGGAACUAGAAAAAAUUUUCAAAGAGGAAGGUGUCAUAGAUGAUGAAUUGGAUGGAGAUAUAAAGAGUGAAGUAGUCAUGGACUCUAAGUCUACUUCUCAUGAAGAAGAAGUGAUCGGACAUAGAGAGGACUCCGGUGAACUAGUUGUCGUUGUGAAAGGCAAGGGACGUGGUAGACCUAAAGGUCGGCUCCGGCCCAAGCAGGAGCAGUGCGCCAUCUGCGGCGCGUCGUACUCGUGCGUGGGGCGCUACAUGUCGCACGUGGCGGCGCACGGGCCCGUGCUGUACCAGUGCGCCGCCUGCCUGCUGGCGCUGCCCAACCGCCUCACCUUCACGCAGCACCAGCGCGACCACGCGCACGCCGGACAGCGCGUCAUCCCCUGCACCGCGCGACAACUGGCCGAAGCUCAAGAAAAAUUGGAGACUUCAAAUCAAAUGGGAAUCGUAUCGAUUGAAAACAUCGCGAAAGACACUGCAGCAGCCGCUGAUGCGCUGCCGGACCUCGACCCGCAGCCACCGGGCACCACCACGGGGCAGGCAGAGAUUGUGAAUGACAACGUACCGAAAACGGAACCGGUCGAUCCGCUCGGCGCCGAUGCCACUGAGGACCAAGACACUAAUGAAAACAAAGAGACAGUGCUCAAGACUGAUGAAGAUGAAAGCACUGACAUGGUACAGUUCAAUUCAAAAGGGAAACCGAAACUCAAGUGUAAUCACUGCGACAAGCUUUUCAGUAGCAAACAAAGCAAGUCAGUUCAUAUAAAGGCGGUGCACCGCGGCGAGCGCGCGCACGCGUGCGGGGAGUGCAGCGCGCGGUUCGCCUACCCGCGCUCGCUGGCGCUGCACGCCGCCACGCACCGCCGACACUCCGCCGCGCGGUACGCCUGCGACCUCUGCGGGAAGGUUCUGAACCAUCCGUCGUCGGUGGUGUACCACAAGGAGUCGGAGCACGCCGGUCAACGCUACGUCUGCAGCAAGUGUGGGAAGAAUUUCAAACAUAAACAAUUGCUUCAGAGACACCAGCUCGUCCAUACGCAAAACAGACCGUUUAUUUGUAAGGUUUGCAACACUGCGUUCAAAACGAAAGCCAACCUAGUCAACCAUCAAAUACUUCACACCGGCGUCAAGAAAUAUGCCUGCGAGAUUUGUAAACAGAAAUUUGCUCACAAGACAAGUCUUACGCUGCAUCUCAGGCGACACACUGGUCUGAAACCGUUCACUUGCAACACGUGCGGCAAAAGUUUCACUCAGAAGGGCAACCUGUCGGAACACGAGCGCAUCCACACCGGAGAGAAGCCCUUCAAGUGCGCCCUCUGCCCGAGGAGGUUCACCACGUCCUCACAGCACAGACUUCACGUCCAGAGACAUAACGCAGGGACGCCAUUUGCCUGUUCUUCAUGUCCUAAACGGUUCGUGUCGGGCGCGAGCCGGGCGGCGCACGAGCGUCGCAUGGCGGGCGGCGCGGCGCACUCGUGCCCGCACUGCGAGCGCACGUUCUGCGAGCGGUGGGCGCUCACCAAGCACAUGCGGCGGCACACCGGGGAGCGACCCUUCCGCUGCCACCACUGUCCCAGGGCCUUCGCCGACGCCUCCAACCUCAACAAGCACAGAAAGCACGUGCACAAGCAAAUAAGUUUGCUGACGAGCGCGAACCAGCCCGUAGAGGUACAGCAGCGCGAGGAGCAGGAGCGGGUCGUGUACGUGGCCUACGACGUGGACGACGCCGACUCGCCCUCCUUCCACAUACUGGACCCGGAGCAGGCAGAGAGUCUGGACGAGAGCAAAGUGGUGUCGACGCUGUACUCCGAGGAGUCGCUGCUGACGUCACGCGCCGACCCCGUGCCGGUCACAGACGAGCAAGGCAACCCUCUACAUUUCACAAUGCAGGACGGCACGCGACUCGCCAUCACAUCGUCUGACGGCAAAACUUUGCAGGUCGUCACCGAAGAUGGCCAGACGAUUCCAGUUGAGAUUAACGGCUUUGCGGAAGAUGAGGAGCUGCAGAGUCAGGACACGAUCGUGCACCAGCUCGACCUGCACAAGUCGGUGGCCGCGGCCGAGCCCGUCACGCACUUCUUCACGAUCGUCUAGCUUCCAACCACCGUGCAAUUGUCGACGAUCCUUUAAUAAAUGCUCAGAUCUCUUUAUGAUUAAUAAUAUUAUUUGUAACAAAUUUAAAAUAUACGUUUAUCGAAGUGAUUGUUAUCGAAAGAUUUAAAUGAUUUAAUUUUAUCACAAUGGGGGGUAGUUUCUAAUUAUUGAAAGUAAAAUGUUCUCAAAGCUUAAAAUUAUUAUAAUAAUAAUAAGCCAGUAUUACUGUGAUUUUAAA